AGACCAACCUCGAGGUGACUGAUUUCAUCCUCAACAUGACACAACAAGGUCGAAACUUCACCAACACAGCCCUCACUGGAUACGCAACUGUCGAAGGAACAUACAAUAUCAGCACCGAAUUCUGUCAACCCAGCGAAGGCAACUUUACAGAUCCCACAGUCCAAGUCCUCACUCACGGAAUUGGUUUUGACAAGACGUAAGCUCCCAUCCUCCCCAUUUUUACUUCCAUUAACAUAAGCUAGAUACUGGGACCUCUCCUUCAACGACUACAACUACUCCUACAUCAACGUAGCAACCGAUACCUACAAAUACUGCACCCUCUCCUUCGACCGCCUCGGAAUCGGCAACUCCUCCCACGGCGAACCCCUCAACGAAAUCCAAUCCUUCCUAGAAGUAUCCGCCACCGUCGCCCUCACGCAGAUGCUCCGCAACGGCACCUUCCCCAACGUCCCGCACGCCUUCACCAAGGUCGUCCACAUCGGACACUCCUUCGGCUCAGCACAAACCUACUCUCUCGCCAACAUGUACCCCUCCCUCACCGACGGCAUCGUCCUGACCGGCUUCUCCAUGAACGCCUCUUUCCCGCCCUUCUUCCUCGCUGGCGGCAACUUCGUCCUCGCAAGCAAAAACCAGCCAUUGCGAUUCAGCAACUUCACCGGGGCCCAAAUCUCAUCUUUACUUUCAACCUACGCCGAACCGCUCCUCGACUACAUCACGCCCCUCAGCACCACCCUCAGCUCGCUCGCACCCCCACAAAUACUGCCCAACGGCUAUAUAAUCAACUCCAACGCCGAAGCGAACAAAUACCUCUUCCUCAAACCGCACUUCUACGACCCCGCCAUCCUGGUCCUCGCCGAAGCGAUCAAACAGCCCGUCACUUUGGGCGAGAUCCUCACCCUCGGUUCGCUGGCGAUGAAGAACGCGUUUACGGGGCCGGUGAUGGUUAUCACGGGCCAGAACGACCUGCCGUAUUGCGGCGGCGAUUGUUUGGACACAGGGGGGGCGGCGGCGAGUAUCCCGGCGCAGGUUGCGAUGAAUUUUCCCGUGGGGAAUUUUACGAGUUAUAUACAGCCGGAUAGUGGGCAUGGGAUUAAUUUGCAUUAUAACGCUACGGGGGCGUAUGCUGUUAUUAAUGAUUAUCUGAAUUCGAAGGGGUUGAUGAGUUCGUAGAUGUGGAAGAGGGAGAUUUGUAUAUAUGGAAGAUGUGGAAAAGAGGGAAUGAAUAGCUUGACAGAUAAUA